GAAACACCAAACCUUUUUAGAGCUCUGCUUUGAGAUUAAGUUCUCUAAUGAUGUCUGGUUCAAGAUUAGUCUCUAGACUAAUAAUCUUCUCAAUAAUCUCCACAGCUUUCUUCACCGUUGAAUCGAUUCGAUUAUUCCCAGAUUCAUUCGACGAUGCAUCUUCAGAUUUCACGGAGGCUCCAGCAUAUCAAAACGGUCUCGAAUGCUCUGUUUUAGCGAAAAACAGACUCUUGUUAGCUUGUGAUCCAUCAGCUGUUCAUAUAGCUAUGACUCUUGAUCCAGCUUACUUGCGUGGCACGGUAUCUGCAGUCCAUUCCAUUCUCAAACACACUUCUUGUCCGCAAAACAUCUUCUUCCACUUCAUUGCUUCGGGUUCAAGUCACGGUUCGCUCGCUAAGACUCUCUCCUCUGUUUUUCCUUCUUUGAGUUUCAAAGUCUAUACCUUUGAUGAAACCAUGGUCAAGAAUCUAAUAUCUUCGUCUAUAAGACAAGCUCUUGAUAGUCCUUUGAAUUAUGCAAGAAGCUACUUGUCGGAGAUUCUUUCUUCGUGUGUUAGUCGAGUGAUUUAUCUCGAUUCGGAUGUGAUUGUAGUUGAUGAUAUUCAGAAACUAUGGAAGAUUUCUUUAUCCGGAUUAAGAACAAUCGGUGCACCAGAGUAUUGCCACGCAAAUUUCACUAAAUACUUCACAGAGAAUUUCUGGUCCGAUCGAAAACUCUCGAGCGUCUUCGACUCCAAGACUCCUUGUUAUUUCAACACCGGAGUGAUGGUUAUCGAUUUAGAUAGAUGGAGAGAAGGAGAUUAUACGCGAAAGAUCGAAAAUUGGAUGAAGAUUCAGAAAGAAGAUAAAAGAAUCUAUGAAUUGGGUUCUUUGCCACCGUUUCUUCUAGUGUUUGGUGGUGAGAUUGAAGCUAUUGAUCAUCAAUGGAACCAGCACGGUCUUGGUGGAGACAACAUUGUGAGUAGUUGUAGAUCUUUGCAUCCUGGUCCGGUUAGUUUGAUACAUUGGAGUGGAAAAGGGAAGCCAUGGGUUAGGCUUGAUGAUGGUAAGCCUUGUCCAAUAGAUUAUCUUUGGGCUCCUUAUGAUCUUCACAAGUCACAGAGACAGUAUCUUCAAUACAAUCAAGAGUUAGAAAUUCUUUGAUUUAUUCAUUUUUUUGGAGUUUGGUAUGGUAAAUUUUGUGAACUCAUUACAUGGAUUCUAUUUUUUGUUUUUUUUUUGAUGUACAUAUAACAUAAAUACAUCGAGGAUUUUGUU